AAAAAUAAAUUAAAUCUGUUGCUGAAAUUAAAAAAAAAUAGUCAGAAGAAGCUCUUAACUUCAGUGCUUGAAUGGUACGGUGGUGGUUCUCAUCUCAUCGUCACUUCGUAACUGAUGAGUAGCUAAAGUAGUUCAGAUCUGGAAAAAAGAGCUCCAGCUUCAGACCAAAGACAAAGAAACUUCUUGUUUUGUUUCUCUUUACCAAUGGAAGCUUGGAGGGUUGUUAUUCUCACUCUGUGUCUACACAUCUACGUCGCAAACGCAGAUCCAAUCCAAGACAAACGCGCAUUACUCGAGUUCCUAACCCUCAUGCGUCCCACGCGCUCACUCAACUGGAACGAGACCACUUCCGUCUGCAACGCAUGGACCGGAGUCACUUGCAACAAAGACGGAUCUCGCAUCACAGCCGUUAGAUUGCCUGGAGUCGGACUCAACGGUCAGAUCCCUCCCAACACUCUAAGCAGACUCUCUUCUCUUACUGUCCUCAGCCUCAGAUCCAACAGAAUCUCAGGCCUAUUCCCUGGAGACUUCGCCGAGCUGAAAGACUUGGCCUUUCUUUACCUUCAGGACAACGACUUCUCCGGUCCGUUGCCUGAGGAUUUCUCUGUCUGGAAGAAUCUCACCAGCGUCAAUCUCUCUAACAAUGACUUCAACGGAACGGUGCCUGAGUCUUUGUCGAGGCUUGGGCGUGUGCAGUCGUUGAAUCUCGCUAAUAAUUCGCUUUCUGGCGACAUUCCUGAUCUAAGCGGUGUGUCUACUCUGCAGCAUAUUGAUUUGUCUUACAACAAUCUCAAUGGGCCUAUACCGAGUUGGCUUCAGAGGUUCCCUACGUCGUCUUAUCAAGGCGUUGGCGGAUUCUCUCUCGUGCAGCCACCUCCCGACUUGGCUCAUCACGAGCUUAAACCUCGUCAGAAACCUAAACCUCACUUCUUGGGACUAACCAAGACUGUUUUCUUGCUGAUAGUCAUCGCUGUCUCCAUUGUGCUACUAGCGGUUUUAGUCUUUGUGUUAGCUGUUUGUUACUUGAGGAUGAAACUAAGCCAAGGCGAUGGGAUUAUAACAGACGCCAAGCUGCAGAAGAAAGGUGGUAUGUCUCCUGAGAAGUUCGUGUCGAGGAUGGAAGAUGUGAACAACAGGUUGUCUUUCUUUGAAGGGUGUAACUACUCGUUUGAUCUCGAGGAUCUUCUGAGAGCUUCCGCUGAGGUUCUUGGUAAAGGCACGUUUGGGACGACGUACAAAGCGGUUCUUGAGGAUGCGACUUCUGUCGCUGUGAAACGUCUCAAGGACGUUGCGGCUGGGAAACGCGAUUUCGAGCAGCAGAUGGAGAUUAUUGGAGGGAUUAAGCACGAGAAUGUUGUGGAGCUUAAGGCUUAUUAUUACUCUAAAGAUGAGAAGCUUAUGGUUUAUGAUUACUUCGGUAAUGGGAGUGUGGCUUCUUUGCUUCACGGUAACAGAGGCGAAAACAGAGUUCCAUUGGACUGGGAGACAAGAAUGAGUAUUGCCAUUGGUGCAGCUAAAGGGAUAGCUCGUAUCCACCGAGAGAACAAUGGGAAGCUCGUCCAUGGCAACAUCAAAUCUUCAAACAUAUUCUUGAACUCAGAGCGUAAUGGCUGCGUGUCUGAUCUCGGUUUAACCGCGGUGAUGAGCGCCUUGGCUCCACCUAUCUCGAGGCAAGCCGGUUACCGUGCGCCGGAAGUAACCGACACAAGGAAGUCAUCUCAGCUCUCAGAUGUUUACAGUUUCGGCGUCGUACUGCUCGAACUCCUCACCGGAAAGUCUCCCAUUCACACUACCGCAGGAGAUGAGAUUAUACAUUUGGUUCGGUGGGUACAUUCGGUAGUGAGAGAGGAGUGGACUGCAGAGGUGUUCGACGUGGAGCUUCUAAGGUAUACGAACAUAGAGGAAGAGAUGGUUGAGAUGUUGCAGAUUGCAAUGUCGUGUGUUGUCAAAGCACCGGACCAGAGACCUAAGAUGUCUGAUUUGGUUAGGCUUAUUGAGAGUGUCGGAAACCGACAAGCCAGUCUUGGGCCUGACCCUAAGCCCAAAUCCGAAAACGGAGCCUCCGAGACCUCCACGCCGGGUGAAAUUUGAAUCUAUGCAAAUUGAAAUCGUUGAUUUAUAACUUCAUUAAGUUUGUAUACUCAUGUUGAUUCUCUUCUCCGGUUAGAACCGGUUAUCAAACACAUUUCUAUUUAGGGGG